AUGCUGGACAAAAACGUAUCCCAGCUUCGUACAAGUGAUGAACAAUCUGCCGGUGAAUGCUCAGAGGAAGAAGAGGAUUUCAACAAGGAGAUGCUGGCAGAAAGAGCAGAGGAGCAGAACUUUGAUGAUGAGGCCACCGCCUUUACCGACAAGCUGAUUUCUGCCUCACAACUGCAAAGGUAUCUGGAACAUUAUGGAGAUUCAGGAGAAUCCACCCGACGUCACCACCACCAUUCAACCCCCAAAGCCAGCCAUCUGAAGAGCAAACUGAAACUCUUAAAUGAACAAAAUGUUUCUGAAAACUGGUGCAGAGACUAUGUGGAGAAAUUACCUCUGCCACAAGAGAGCAGAUGCCAUGUCGAAGAGCCAGUCAUUCAGUUACCUCAGAAAAACGCAAGCGAUGGAAAAACCGAUCUAGCUUCAAAGCUUGAAGUUUUGUACAAGUUAAAAAUGACAAAAGACGAGUUGUUGAAGGAUGCG